UCACAGCGCGCUGCUUACAAUGUGAAAGAGAUUCAUUUAAGUGCAUGUGAACUGGGAGCGAGAGUCUGAACACAGCGGGCUGCUCAUAGCCGCACAAGGAAGCUUUCUUCUCUCUCUCUCACUCACUCACACACACACACACACACAGUACCGAACCGACCAACUGAGAGGGCGAGAAAAACUAAUAAUCAAACUUCAUGCUGUGCAGCAAGGUCCUGGUGCAGCGCAGAAAGUCCUUGGAAUUAAAUUUUGCUGGUGUAUCAAGCCCAGAAUUCUGAGCUCUAGAGUGGAUUAAGGUCUGAUCAGCUCUGGGACUCCUGUUACUACCGUGUGAAGCACAAGCAGAAAGUCUGAGGCUUUUAAAAGAUAAAUUGAAGAGAAACUUUUCAAGGUCUGUGUGUCAGAGGACAGCACUAAUGACGAAGCCAGCAGUGCAGGGCUGAUGCACCUGUACGGAAAUCUGGAAGAGACAAAUGCACGUUGAUCAUGCGGUCUGGGAACGUCUUCCUUGCCAUCGUUUUUCUAAGCAUCUGCCAUGGGGACCAGUACAAAUCCUUCAGCAGGCCGGGCGUGAAGUUCGAGCACCUGACUGUUGACCCAGCGACGGGAAACGUGUACGUCGGAGCCGUGAACUACCUGUUCCAGCUGACCCCCGAGCUGUCUGACCUGGUUGUGCAGCCCACGGGGCCGCAGAGUGACAGCAAGGAUUGCCUGCCGCCAGUCAACCCCAGUGACUGCCCGCACGCGAGGAUGACCGAUAACCACAACAAGCUCCUGCUGACCAACCCCUACGGCAACGAGCUGAUCACCUGCGGCAGCUUGUUUCAAGGGAUCUGUGAGAAAAGGAGUUUGGGAAACAUCAGCCGGGUUUCGUUCCGUCCAGAGCGCCCGGUCGAUACGCAGUACGUCGCCGCCAAUGACCCCAAUGUCACAACGGUCGGCUUGGUUGGCCUCUCCAAAGGCAAGCUGGCCGUCCUGUUCGUGGGCCGUGGUUAUACCAGCAAAGGUGCUGGUGGGAUCCCGCCGAUCACCACCCGCAAUUUGGAAUUACAAAAUCCACAGAGUCUGGAAUCCCACCCUAUUUUCUCCUACGAGGACACAGCUAAAUUAGCAGUGGCCGGAAGGCUUUCCGAGUACAACCACCACUUUGUCAAAUCUUUUAUUUAUCAGUUAUCCGUGUAUUUCCUGUUCUACCGGAGGGACCUGAAGUCCCCGUCCAGGGAAUACAAAACCUACGUGUCGCGGAUCUGCUUGGGAGACAUGCACUAUUACUCGUACGUGGAGGUGCCUCUUGUCUGUCAGACUGCUGGGAAGAGCUACAAUUUACUCCAAGCGGCCUAUGUCAGCUGGCCAGGGAAGGGCCUGGCCGAAGGGGUUCUCAAAACUAAUGGGGAGGUCCUGUUCGCCACGUUCGCUGUUGGUCACACGGCCACGGCGAAGGCAACGGAAGAAUCAGCGCUCUGCAUUUACACGAUGAGCCAGAUUGAUCGGAUGAUCAACCAGACCAGGGAUCUGUGUUACACCAAUUUUGGGAAGAUGGAGGACAAGAGUGAGGCAGCCUACAUUGAGUAUGAAGUCAAAUCCAGCUGCAGCGGAUUAACUUCAGACACUCUUAAUGCAUACCCAUGUGGUUAUGACCACACGCCCAGCCCAAUGGCCAGCUGUAUUCCGAUAGAGGCAGCUCUGGUACUAAAGGUUGCGCAGGGGCACCUGGUAGCGGUGGCAGUGACUGUGGAAAUGGAGCAUACCAUCGCCUUCGUCGGAGAUGCCAAGGGCCAUCUCCAUAAGGUUUUUGUGAAGCCAUCUGGAGAGGCAGAGCAAUACGCGACACUUGUAAUCGAGCCCAACGCAGCAGUCAACAGCGACCUGGUGUUUGACCGUGAGCAGAAGCACCUUUACGUCACAACUCAGUUAAAGGUGCUGAAGCUACCCGUGAGUGAGUGCUCCAAGUACACUGACUGCCAGUCCUGCCUCGUAGCGAGGGACCCAUACUGUGGCUGGUGCAUACUUCAGGGCAGGUGCUGUCGGAGGUCAGAGUGUGAAAGGGCUGAGGAAGGUGUUCAGUGGCUGUGGAGCUAUGAGGAAGGCCGACAGUGUCUGAGAGUGCAGACUCUGACCCCAGCUAAUAUCAGCAGAGAAGAGCAAAAACAGGUAUUUGUGAAUGUCGCUGACUUGCCUGUUCUUGCCGAGGAUGAGUCUUACACCUGUCUAUUCGAUGAUUACUCCAGUCCUGCAGUCAUUACCGAGAGAGGUGUGGUUUGUUGGACCCCCAACAUCCAGCAACUUCCUCCAACCAAACCCGGAACAGACCAUGUGACUGUCACAUUACAAGUUAUGUUCUUUAACAUCACACUGACAGCAGAGAACUUCACCUUCUAUGACUGCAGUGCAGUCCAACAGCUCUCCAGAAAUUUUCCGUGCCGUGGAUGUGUGAGCAGUCAAUGGGGGUGUAACUGGUGCGUGCUUCAGCAUCACUGCACCCACAACACUACCUGUGAGGACGAGGUGAUCAUUUUUAACGAAAAUUUUGUACUACCCUACGUGGUACCUCCUACCCUUGCUACCAAGCCGCUCCGUGUUGACACUACUGCUCUUCCAACCACCAUCCGCCUCACCACCACAGCUCUUACUACAAGAGCGACAACCAUUCCUACCACAUUGCUGGGCACAGAUACCACAACAACUACGAGAACUACGACCCUGACCACAUUGCCGACCACUGUGCCCACCACUUCUGUGGCGAUGACCAAUGCCACAGCUGGUCUGACUAGCCAGUCAACCACUGUGCCCACUGUGCAAGCACCAACGACGGUGCCCACCACCCUGGACAUCACAGCUGCUCCAACCACACAAUGGACCACAGCCACUCCGUCCUCUGGGGCUAUUACGGUGGCUGAGAGCAGUACCCUUGGCAUGACCACAACGGAGGGUACAGCACCUACCCCGGACCCAUCGGGGGAGGCCUUGACCACGGUCACAUAUGCAUCGCUGCCCACUACACUCGAAGCUCCGUCCGAAGCUGGCCCAAUCACGACGGUUGUCCCCCCAACCCCUCCGACCGUCAAUGCCGCCAUUACAACCGCACCAGCCUCUCCUUUAAACAGUACGGAAGGUGGCGCCCUUCCUGUUGCCACGACUGCCCCUGCCGCGGAUGCCACGGAGCCCCCUUCCACUCGAUUGGCUGUACCAACUGACCCCCGACCUGACCACCCGACCACCCUGCCCUCUGCUAGGCCUGUGAAGGAUGUUGGUGAGUGGAAGGAGCCAGAUGCUUGGGUAGACCCUGUGCAGGUUGAAAACGACACAGCCGUUUUUUUGGCUGCUGCUGCGCUGCUAUCAGGUGACGGAGAUGUUGAGAACCCUUCUCCUGCCUUUCUCCACCUGUUUGACACUGAGGUCGACUACCACUAUGAUCCUGACUCUCCAUCCUUCUCCGUACAGAGCCACGAAGGGAUAAAUAAGGGUCCUGCGGCCUGUCCCUGUGUGAAUAACAUUCGAGGACCACCUCUUCUGCCCGUCAACACAGAACGGAAAAUAACACUGGUGGGACAAAACUUGCACUUGUUUCAGGACCCGGAAGGGAAUUAUGAAUGUGUCUUUGUUAUUGAGAGUCGGACGGUGGUGGUGGAAGCGUUUGUUGAAGGGGACGUUAAUGAUCCUAUGUUUUACUCGAUUACCUGUCGGGUGCACCAGUUUACCUACUCCACAUUGCAGCAAGAGUAUAACGCAACAGUGUAUAUCCAGCGACAGCCCAAUUACAGAGUGGACAGCAGACGUGAUUUGCAUAUUACCCUGUAUAACUGUUCCGUGGAUCGAACAGACUGUAGUCGCUGUCAGACAGCAGAAACCAAGUACGCCUGUGUGUGGUGUGGGGGAGGGAAGCCCAGCUGUGUGUAUGAAAAGUCCUGUGUGGACGGAGUGGAACAGACCUGCCCGGCACCUGUCAUUCACUCGAUCGACCCAACGUCAGGGCUGCAGGAAGGUGGAACCAUGGUCACCAUCACGGGUUCAAACUUAGGCCAGCGAUUCGAGGACAUCGAGAACAAGGUGACGGUGGCUGGGAUCCCAUGUCGUGCUGAUCCUCUGAAGUACGAGGUCUCUACCAGAAUUGUGUGCUACACGGCAGCUGCUAAUGAGGAAGUAUCAGGCCAGGUGACAGUUGAAGUGGCAAAUGGAGGCAGCAGCAGCUCUGUGCAGCCCUUUACUUAUCAGAACCCAGUGCUGAACUCUAUCUCACCAUCACGAGGCCCCAAAGCUGGAGGAACACGUCUCACACUCAAUGGCGUCAAUUUGUUGACUGGCAGACCAAGUGAUGUCCAGGUGUUUGUUGGUGACUUCCCCUGCCUCAUUUCUGCCGAUAUUGAAGAUCAUCGUGUCCAGUGUCUCACUAGCCCAAGCAACCAGACAGAUGAGCUGCCUGUCACAGUCAAGUAUGGUCAUAUUCCAAAGAGACUGAGCAAUGCCUUCUACAGCUACACAGAAAAUCCAAACAUCACCAGUGUGUGUCCAGAUAAGAGCUUCUUGGGUGGCGGAAGAGUGAUCAGUAUAAAUGGACAAAACUUAGAUGCUGUGCAAACGCCUCAGAUGAUGGUCCAGUUAAUCCCAAAUGAACGAUGGCGGAGGUCGUUCUCUGAGCUACAGAGCCGGGUGAGAGAGAGGAAACGCAGAAUGAUAAAGGACAACAAUACUGAAAGGCAUGGACACAAGUUCAUUGAAUUCUGUCAGGUGAAUUCCUCUUCCUUCAUGACUUGUCAGACACCAUCGAUCAAAGCCCCUGUCAGCAAUGCUGUCAUCACUGUGCACUUCCUCAUGGAUAACCUGUGCUUUGAUUUCAAUGAGAUCAGUCCAACAAAGUUCACGUACAAGCCUGACCCAAUCCUGAAGCCACUAAAUGCGGAUGACCCAUCAAAACCAUACAGGCACAAACCAGGCAGUGUACUGUCUGUAGAGGGAGAAAACCUGGACCUAGCAAUUACGAAGGAAGAAGUGGUUGCGAUGGUGGGUGAGGGAAUCUGUGUUGUGAGAACAUUGACCGCAAAUCACCUGUACUGUGAACCACCCCUGGGACAGCCUGCAGCACGAAGGAGGAGAAAGCGUGAAAGCCUGGACACACUGCCGGAAUUUAUUGUGCAGAUGGGAAAACUGCAUUUCAAGCUGGGAAAGAUUCGAUAUGAUGCCGAGAGCCAGUCUAAUUUCCCGCUCGAGGCCCAGAUUGGACUUGGGGUGGGAGCCUCCAUUGUCGCUCUGAUUGUCCUGAUCAUUGUGCUUAUCUACAGGCGGAAAAGUAAGCAGGCCUUGAGAGACUACAAGAAAGUACAGAUCCAGUUGGAGAACCUGGAGACCAGUGUCCGUGAUCGAUGCAAGAAGGAGUUUACAGAUCUCAUGACUGAAAUGAUGGACCUGUCCAGUGAUCUGGUUGGAACUGGAAUUCCUUUUCUGGAUUACAAGACCUAUGCAGAGCGCAUCUUUUUUCCAGGGCAUAGGGAGUCCCCUCUGCAACGGGAUCUGGAUGUACCUGAAUCUCGACGCCAGACAGUGGAACAGGGGCUUGUCCAGCUUUCUAAUUUAUUGAACAGCAAGCUUUUCCUCACCAAGUUUAUUCACACGCUGGAGAGCCAACGGACAUUUUCCCCACGGGAUCGUGCUUAUGUGGCAUCGCUAUUGACUGUCUCGUUGCAUGGGAAGUUAGAGUAUUAUACAGACAUCUUGAAAACACUGCUGAAUGAUCUGGUGGAGCAGAAUGUUGCCAAGAACCCAAAACUGAUGCUGCGCAGAACAGAAACAGUGGUGGAGAAGUUGCUGACAAAUUGGAUGUCCAUCUGUCUAUACACAUUCCUCAGGGAUUCGGCAGGGGAAUCACUCUACAUGCUAUUCCGAGCAAUCAAACACCAAGUGGAUAAAGGACCUGUUGAUGCUGUAUCAGGAAAGGCCAAGUAUACUCUCAAUGACAACCGACUACUCCGAGAGGAUGUGGAAUACCGCACACUGACCCUCAACGUCCUGGUACAAGGUGAAGACGUACAACCCUCACCUGUGAAAGUGUUGGAUUGCGACACCAUCACCCAAGUCAAGGAAAAAAUUAUUGAUCAGAUCUACAAAGGAGUGACUUACUCACUUCGACCACAUGUGGAAACACUUGACCUUGAAUGGAGAUCAGGGUUGGCUGGACAUCUUAUCCUUUCUGAUGAAGACCUGACCUCCGUUCUCCAGGGAAACUGGAAACGUCUAAACACCUUGCAGCAUUAUAAGGUUACUGAUGGGGCCACAGUUGCUCUUGUCCCACGCCUCAGCAAGCACAUUCACCAUGAGAAUCAUGAUUUUACUGCAGGAGAGAAGACACCGAUGUUGGAAGAUGCAGAUGAAGGAGGGAUCAAAGUCUGGCACCUGGUCAAAGCCAGUGAAGAACCUGAACUGCCCAAACACAGAAGGGGCAGCCUGCGGGAGCGGGAACGAGCCAAAGCCAUUCCUGAGAUCUACCUGACACGAUUGCUUUCCAUGAAGGGCACGCUGCAGAAGUUUGUAGAUGACCUCUUCCAGGUGAUUCUCAGCACAAGUCGGCCUGUCCCUCUUGCCGUCAAGUAUUUCUUUGACCUCCUGGAUGAACAAGCAGUACACCAUGGGAUUACUGAUACAGAAACUAUUCACAUCUGGAAAACAAACAGUCUGCCUCUUCGUUUCUGGAUAAACAUUAUUAAAAAUCCUCACUUCACCUUUGACGUUCAGGUGUCAGAUAAUGUGGAUGCCAUGCUAUCGGUCAUUGCACAGACCUUCAUGGAUUCCUGCACUAUAGCAGAACAUAAACUGGGCCGGGAUUCUCCAAUUAACAAACUGCUGUAUGCUAGAGACAUCCCUCGAUACAAACAGAUGGUGGAGAGGUACUAUGCAGACAUUCGGCAGACAAUCUCAGCUAGUGACCAGGAAAUGAACUCUGCUUUAGCUGAGCUGUCCAGGAAUUACUCCAGUGACAUGAACUCUCUCGUGGCUCUUCAUGAACUCUAUAAAUACAUCAACAAAUACUAUGACCAGAUCAUUACAGCACUAGAAGAGGAUCCAACAGCACAGAAGAUGCAGCUCGGUUACCGGUUACAGCAGAUUGCUGCAUCUGUGGAAAACAAGGUCACAGACUUGUGACAGGAGGAACUACUGAGAAUGAUUCGAAGGAAGAGUUGAGGCAUCUUUGCAUUGGUGCAAACAAAGGAGCGAUGAGACACUAUGAUCAGUGAACAGAGCUUGCUGAAUGCAGGAGUGCCUUAUGGAACCAUGCUUCCUCUAUUACUUCAGCUGUGGGAAUGAAGGAAAGCAAACUCCUAUGAUGCAUCAGUUUUGCAAAACAUUGAAAAGAGCCUCUUUUCCCGCUCCUAGGCCAUUUCCACUUGCUUCAAGCUCUCUUUUGGGAGUGUUCAUAUUGUAGACUAUUAAACAACUUAGAAAACAUCACAAACCAUGAAAAGUCUAAAGAGUCAGCGUAUCAAUGGACAAAUGAUGUUAAUAUUUUUUCCACAAGAGAGAUUUAAUUUUUUUUAAACUAAUCCUAUGAGAGAGGUAUUACUGUUCUACGUUGGAAGCUGCAAAGUGAGAUUGGGAAAUGGCACAGAUACUAAGGCAUUGAAGAGUCUAUACACUAAGUGGUGUCGGACUGAGUUAAUUAGGUGCUUGGUUUCAAUAAAUAUAGGAUGGUCGACAGCAAGCACUAUACACAGGAAAUUGACUGUUAAAGGUCCAGUCAAGCACUCAGUUCCUGAGCAGAAGGCCAAGUUCAAAAAGGUCCUGUUAUUGGUAGGUUUGGAGAGUGUGGAGAAGUAGGAUUGUCAUGUGGCACUUGGUGAGUUUGAAAAGCCCUGAGAGGGAAUUAAGCCAUUUGGAGGUGAAUGUUUAGAACUAUGUCACCGUUUGGAACUAUGUCACUGCCUCAAAGCACAUUAAUAUCAUUCCAUAACAGGUUUAAAUGUUCAUGUCUGUCACAUAUAGCAAUAUCUUUCAACAGACCAUUCUGCUUCCUCAAACUCUGGCAACAACCCGCAAAUAUGUUGCUUUCUACUGUCUAGUCCUUUAAAUACCCUGUGAUGGUGAUGGGCCCCUUGAUAGGAAAGGAGAUUCUUAUUUUACUUGAUAUCUCAUUUUACAUCACUGCUCCAGAAUAUUAUUUAAUUUUUGCCAUUGUGUUUUGUGUCCAGCCAUUGAUGAAAAGCUGUGAAUAGAGCCAAUUGAUUCAAAGUCACGCCACCCAGCUAAGACUGGUGCAAAUCCAUUCUAUGGGAGUUUGAGAUCCUAGUAGCAAAUAACCUGGGAUUGUUGAGCAGCUUUGAGGCUGUCACUCAUUUUAUUUUUUGAUUAAAAAUUAUUUCCAAAGGACCAAUCAAUAUCAGAAACAUUGUUAAUGUCUUCAAAUUUCCUGAUCUGCAAAGAUAAACGAAAGAACGAUCUUUUGUAAAUUGUCAGUUUAUUCAUAGUUUCCCAUUAUGCUGCUGUUACCCUUUUGAUUACGUGCAACUCUUUAAUGUCCAUCCUGACCCAUUGUAGACGACCAGGGGCCUGUUUAUUUUUUGAAGGAGGGAGUAACUUUAACAUCCAUCGUAUGAAGUGACAGAUGUCACUUGAACCAUGUGGCCAUCAGAAGUUAGAUCUUGCGAUCCCUGGACCAUUUGGAAUGUUUUUUUUAAAAAUAUUUUAAUUUCAAAUGUUGUGAUGCCUUCUGAAGUUCAAACAUCCGACAGACAGAAUUGAGUAAUUGUUAGGAAAUACAGAGGAUCUACUGGUCUUACUGGGGGGUUGGCAUAUGUUUAGUUUGUGGGGCUUAGAAUGAAGUGAUUUAUUUUAAAUAUUGACUUACCCCAUAACAAUGGUAACCUGUUUCAAAGUAGGCUUCAUUAUCAUUUUAAUUUAUUAUAAAGUCUGAAAUAAUAUGCUUACACAUCCAGUAUUGUAACAGCAGUGUUAUCCCUCUAGAGGGAAACAAAAUCUUCCAGAAUGAUGUCCACUGUGUGAAAAUGAUGGUCUCAAAGCAGAGUAUCAGAUGUCUUCAAACAUUAUUCCCUUGAAGAGAAGGAUCACAAUUGUUCUUCCAUAUUGGGGUGUGUGCAGUAACAUUCUUUUACGGUACAGUCUGAGACAGGAUUUCAAUUUUGAUCUUGGAAUUCAGAGUUGUAUUUAAUUCUAAUCUUUUUAUAUCAUCUCAAUUCACAUACAUAUAGAUGAUGUUCAGUGCAAAUGUCUGAUCCACAAUAAAACUUUAUACAGAUUUUUGUCACGACUGCUUAGAAAUGUCUCUUAUAUUAUUGGACCCAUGUCAUUAAGACGCAGCUGCACACCUCAAUAUGGCUGCAAUGGUAUUUGUUUGCCUGGAAGAUCUGUCUUCAAUGGGAAAUUUUGUUGAUAGUAGCAGGUUUCUCUGCUGCAUUGUUUUUAUCAGAUAAACGAGGAGGCAGCAACUCGACUUUGUUAAAACAUUUCAAAAAGCAUCAAGAGGUCCACUCUUAGAAAACCUGGAAUAUAACAUUCCAUCCUACAUGUUUGGAAUGUAAAAGUAAAGGGCUUUGAUGUCAGUCCAAACAACAUGUUGCAAAUUUUACGGAAGAAGAUGAUAACGCACAAGCUAAUUACUAUUGGUCACUUUGUCACCUGAAAAUCUUACUUGAACAGGAAGCAGUAAUAACACCAGAGGCGUUUUGGGUGAAGUUUUCAGCAAUCUGAUGAUUGUAUUUGUGACUAAACCACUGAAAUAGAUGCUUUUUCUUAAAGAAAAGCUCACGUUCAAAACAUUUAUAAAAUCCCUUUUUGUUUUUAAACAAUAGUGUAUUUAUUUAAUUAGCAGGCAUAGCCUGGUUAAAUGAGGACACUGAUAAUUUUUGUUCUUUUGUGUUUUUUGAAGUUCUUGAUUACAUACUAAUCAUGAAAUAGCACUUAGGUGUCUUCCAAAGCCCAAAUUAUUAACAUUUUAAAGGAUCCACAAUACCAACAAGCCAUACUUAAAACAGCAACAAAUACUGGGGAGCUCCAUACAAUGGCUCAAUCAACAACUUGGGAAAUGUUCCCAGAGAGCGCAAAUAUUGUUUGAAAUUCUAAUUCAACACUUUACCUGAGAGUGAUGUAUACCAUUUACCCUCAUGGUGAAGAAUGCAAAUUCCCAUUCAACUUCAAAAAUAUCAAAUAAAAUGACAUUUUUUUGCUGGUUUGGACAAUUUCUAAAUAGAUAUCCAUCUAGACACCUAAUUUUCACAUUUCUGCUGCAAAAUUAACAAAUUAUUAGGUUUAUUUCUCAAGUUAGAAUCAAGAAAUUGACAUAUCUUCCAAGUUUAUAUAGAGAUUAGCAGAUCUCAAUUUUGUAGUGUUCUGUUUCUAAGAGCAUUGAUGUUACUGUGGUUGAUAUACAGAUCAGAAAUAUCAGUAGAAACAUUAGGAUAUCGUAACACCAUAAAGGUGGAUACCACGUGCAUUGAUUGGGUCUUAAUCAAACCUGUGUCUCCAUCAGCACUUUGCCUGCUGUAUAUGUCUCUUAAUUGUAGUGAUGAGAAUAAUCUUGUAAUGAUGGGGUUUGGGGCUGGUUGGAGGAAGAAGGUUAUGACUCACAUGGAGACCAGUAGAAAAACAAUUGAAAUCAAUAAACAUGUCUAAAAAUCAA